AGGGGGAGUGAGCGUGUGUGUGAGUGGUGGUUGCGCGCGUCGUUUUCGGAGCGCGCUUCCGCCGCCAAGUGGUUCUUUAUGUCAAGGGGGCUCCAGUAAGGAUGGACCGUUCUGCAGGGACGCUGUUCGCAGUGCAUUCGAGUGAAACUGACGCUUUGUAAAGAUUACUCAGCCUGAGAGAGCGAAGCCGUCGUCUUUUGUUCAACGUGAAAUUUGAUGUUAUUCACCCGAGGGUAAUUAUAACAGCAAAGCAUUAAAAAGGAGGGGGCUAACGAGACGCAAUACAAAUUGUGGAGACCAACAAGAAGAAGAAGCAGCAGCAGCACCACAACUGGCUAAAGCAGGAGCAGAAUCUGUUCACGUAUAUAUUUAUAUUUUUCUUGCAGUACAGGGCUGUUUUUUUUCUUCUUGUGGUCUCUCUCUUUUUAUCCCAGCCCUUCGCUCUUCUUCUUUUUUUAAUUCCGGCGAGGACGCUGGCUAGAGGGGGAGCCGAUUAAAUGGGGCCAGGCUGGACGGGAACACUGCUGGCGGAGUGGCGGCUCGCAGGCCCUGCGGCUUGAGGACGAGGCGAGAAGGGCAGCACGGCGACAUGUGAGCGAAGCUUUUCCAGCGAGGAGAGGAAACGAGUUAUAAAGCAAACAAACGGUAUCCUCGACACGUUUUUACAUCUGUCUUUUUUCACCCGUUUUAAUGUUGUAUCAGUUUCAAAUGGGUGGCGUGGCCUGGCUUCGCACAGCGUCCUCGAAAUGAGAGAGCAGCCUGCCGAAUAAUGGGAAAGGGGGCUGCCUACUCCUGGAAUCUCCUUCUUGGGGGACACGUUUAGCAAAAGGGGGGGGCUCCCUUCAAUUGCAUCGGCGGUUCAUCCCAGCCCCCUAUAACCAGCACCACCCUUAAAGCCUCGUGGCUUGUCUGAGAUAUGGAUAAACUGACCAUCAUUUCAGGAUGUCUGUUUCUGGCAGCUGAUAUUUUCGCCAUCGCCAGCAUUGCGAACCCGGACUGGAUUAAUACGGGGGAGUCUGCAGGUGCUCUUACGGUUGGCCUAGUACGACAGUGUCAGACCAUCCAUGGACGUGACCGGACAUGCAUCCCACCACGGCUCCCACCCGAAUGGGUCACAACUCUCUUUUUCAUCAUUAUGGGCAUCAUAUCAUUGACUGUCACAUGUGGUUUGCUUGUUGCAUCUCACUGGCGAAGGGAAGCCACAAAAUAUGCACGGUGGAUAGCAUUUACUGGGAUGGUCCUUUUCUGCAUGGCCGCCCUUAUAUUCCCAAUAGGAUUUUACAUCAAUGAAGUGGGAGGACAGCCAUAUAAAUUACCGAACAAUACAGUGGUGGGGUCUUCAUAUGUACUCUUUGUCUUAUCAAUUUUCUUUACAAUAGUCGGACUGCUGUUUGCAGGGAAGGUCUGCUUGCCUGGCUGAUGACUCAGAUACCCUUAUUAUUUUUUUGUACAAAGCUGUUGGAACAAAUGGAUUUUUUUCUCUUUAACAAUAUGAGGUACUUGAAGAAAACAAAGGGAUUGACAAUAAGCUAUACCUGCACUAGAGGUUUUUUUUUUUCCCCCGUUUUUGUUUUUUUGUGGGUUUUUUUUUUUUUUUUGGUCCUAUUUGUUCUCACUAUGCACUUUGGAAGGAGAAACGAAGAGCAUUUUCCGCAGGCUCAAUGCGGUUACUUCAGGGGCAAGGCGUGAAGCAUCCUUAUAGAAACAGGUCUGAAAAGAUGCUUUCCUGAAGGCAGAAGGAAGACCAAUCAAAUAUCACCCUUUACUGUACCUAUUGCUGUUUAUGUUAUAGAUUUUAUAUAUAUAUAUAUAUAUAUAUAUAUAUAUAUAUAUAUAAUGUAUGUAUUAUCUGUGGACUUGCAACUGUCAGAAGUAUUUAAAGAGUGAUAGGCCAGAGGAUUGCUGGACAAGUCCAAAAGUCCAAGUGAGGCUGGCCUCACUAUUCAGAAGAUUAUCAUUCUGUUUGCCUUUCUUUAUCUAAAGGAGCCACCCUAUGGUUACUCAGUCUUUUUCGUUGAUAGGUCUGUAGUCAAGAUUACUUUCUUUUUAUACUUCCUUGGACAAAAAGAGGUGACUUUUUUAUUGUCAGAUGUUAUAUAUUGUAUAUACAUUCAGUGCUAGGCGUACUUUUUGCUUUGCUAUAAAAAAAAAAAAAAAUAACAAAAGAAAAACAAACCACUGUGUUGUGUACACAAAAAAAGCCUCUUGUAGAAAGCCAUUUCUCUGAAGACAUCAGAGUUGGAAAGAUCUUCAGUUACCUCAUUCUUUAUAAAGGCGCUUGUCCUCAAAAUUCGUUUCUCCCACCCCCAAAAUUCAAACCAAUGCUACCAUAAGAGGCUCUUUUUUCUUUUUUGAGUAUAAAUACUGUAAGCAAGCCAGUUUAUCACAAUAUGAUGAUUUGUUAUAGAAAGAUGAAGGUAAAGGUCAAUUUAACAUUUAUUUCAGAAAGGUAUUAAUGUGCAGGCUUCUUACAGACACUUUCUGCUGCAGACAGAGGAGUUUUAUGAUUCGGUGUAAACCAGCUUUGAACAAAUUGAGUAUUGUGCUGAGCAGGCCAGCAGGCAUCAACACUCUUUCGUAACAGGUUUACAGACUUUUUUUUUUUUUUUUUUAUAAGCAUUAAAUUGAAAGUGGGUAACAAAGGUAUUACAAAAUACAUUUUAUAGAUCGUUUUAUUUUUGGAAGCAGCCAAACAGAGUAGUAUUUUAUGACAAUCUGUGUUUAGCUCAAUUGUCAUUAAACGGUUUUAUCUUAUUGUUUAAAGACCCAAACAUUCAAUCAGAGGCUGAGCUGUGGAAUAUAAAUCAGAAUAUCUGCAUUCUGAGAAUGCUUAUAGCAAGGGGACAAUUUCAACUAGUUACUCAGAUUUGUCCAGAGCAGAGCAAGCUGGAGCUUGUGAUGGAGACCUGCUUAAUGUUGUACCUCGGUGGAUUAAGUGUGUUAUUUUUAUGGUCAGGAGACCAUGAAUAGAACAACAAGAUAUAUAUGUGUAGGAACAGGGAUGAUAAGUUAAAUUUCCUGUGCUCCAGCUCAUCUUUUAACACAACAAACCAGUAUUACCUGUACAUUUUACUUUGUGUUCCCCCCAACGCUUUACUGUUUUUUUUUGUUAUGUUCAGUAUUGUAUGCAUUUCACUUUGGUUUAAAGAAAGGAGCAUUGCAAGUGAGAUUGCAGCAUGUCCGUUUUAUCCCGUUUUUAAUUAAUUGACAUACAGUACAAAGCCAAUGAAUUCUGUGUAUUCCAUGGUUGCAACUUUGGUGUUCACUCAAGAGUUUACCAUGAGUAACGGGGGACAAUUUUCCUUUUGUUUUAAAGACCGUAAUAACAGCCAAGUAAUUAUGAUAGUAACAAGCACUGUACACGUAAAUUUAAAAGACAGAAAGGAAAGUGUUUCCUACACAUUGUCAGGCUACAAGGUCUUAUUCUGUAAUCGCUUAGAUUCGAAAGGCAAAUUAUUUGAAAGGGGAAUGGAGCACACAUUACAAACUUGAAGGGAUCUACAGGAGUGCUCCCACCGACAUGAUGCCGUGGAAUAUCACAGCAGUUUGUGCAGUGGUCACCUUUGUAGUCACUGUGAACUUGUAGGUGGGUGCCUGUGUUUAAGUAGCAAUAUCUAGUACUUGAUGAAAAGCUCAUUCCUGCAGCACUAGUAAUUCCAAAAGCCAAUGCCCCAUGCCAAGUAGUGUGCCAAUAGGAUGGCGGUAUUCACUGGCUGAUCGUAACAUAAGUAACCUUCAGACGAAUCUCUUCUCCUUGCCAAGAGUCUGUAGUUAUUUAAAAGGCAACAUGUCAUUCUAGAAAGCCAAGUGUGUGAGAACCAAUGGCCUACCCUCCUAACCGGGGGGGUGACGGGUUAAUCAGGUUAAGAAUGAGCAACAACCGCUGAAUCUGAAGAUGAUACCCCACCCAGGCUGUCUACUCCACUAUCAUCAUCAUCAUCCUUUGAUAUGAGCUGUAGAACGGCAGGAUUUCUGGAAGCCCGAUUUGUAUCCUUUUACUUUUUUCAGACAGCAUGUUUUGGCUGCAGCCGGUUUCUUCAGUUUAUUUCCAGUCCAUGUUGAAUUUUUGUAGUUGGCUCCUCAUUCUUCAAGGGAAUGUCAUAUGGUUUGGUUCCUGGGAUGACUUGCUGACAUUUUUGUGAUGCUUGCUGUUGCCUACCCACCAUUGACAAGUAUUUUGGAAAUAGGUGUGCUUAUGGCAUAAGCUUGUUUCUGUUUUAAAAGUUCAUACACAGUGGACGGUUUCUAAGGCACAGAUCUCCAAAAUGCUGAGCUUGGGACACAGUUUUACAUGUUUAUGUAAUUGUAGAUUUGACCUGUGUUCCUAAUGUGAUAACCUUAUAACCCUUCUAUUUUAUUUAAAAAAAAAAAAAAAGGUGUAUACUAAAUUUGGGUGGCAGAACUGUUAUUGUCAUUCAGGUAUUUUCCUCACCUUCAAAAUCUCUUCCACGUAAUGGUGGAAGCUCU